AUGGACUCAUCCCUCCCAACCGAGGUCGCCAGCACCCUUCAAGCCGGGCAUAUCAGAAGGCAUCCCGAUCCUCGACAGGACAUUGCGCCAUCCACUGCGGCGGACAAGUCAGAGCUGGUCGACAUUCAUGAAGUGAAGCGCAGCCAUCUCGACGACGAUGACCAUGAUAUCCCGUACAGCGUCCUGCGGCCUCCGAAGAAGCACUACAACCUCCCGCCGCUCCCAGACUUGCGGUUCGAGCAGAGCUAUCUCCGCAGCAUCGAGUCGGCAGAUACGUGGUGGAAAGUAGUGCUCACUACGAUCAAAAGCCAGGUUUUAUUGCCCCUGGCUCAAGGUGUCUUGCUCAACUUGGCCAUGGCCGGAUGGCAGCAUUGGAACAAGAGCGCCAGGGUCAGUGGCGACUCAGUAGGUGCCCGAUUCAGGAGAUGGUGGUUUGGGGUAAACAACUGGAGCCUGCCCAAUUCCAGGAAACGUAUCUAA